AUCAAUGCGAUCAUCAUUUUUCCUGAUACAAUUAUCGCGUUGUGACCUCGUGUUAAGUUUUUGUGGGGGUGGUUCACAAAUAACUUCUUGUUGAGUUAAUUAGCUUAUGCGUUUUCUUUAGUCUGAGCAAAUAAAUUCAGUUUUAUAUUCAAAAAGUAAUAUCAGCAUCGACUUAAUCAGUCUCUGUGUUUGACUGCUCUUGUCUGUUGUGAAGAUGGCUGACUGCACGGAUGAUAUUGCAGUUCCUGGACUGAGCAACUUAUUACAAAUGGAUCCGCUUCUGAAGCCAUAUGAAAAGGACUUCACAAGAAGGUACACUCGCUUUAAUAAUAAGCUGAUGUCCAUUGAGGGGGCUGAAGGAGGCUUUGAUAAAUACACACGCGGCUAUGAGUCCUUUGGUGUGCACAGACAGCCUGAUGGUAGCCUAUAUUUCAAAGAGUGGGCCCCAGGAGCAGAAGCUGUGUUUCUUGCUGGAGAUUUUAAUGACUGGAGUACUUCCUCUCACCCUUACAACAAACGAGAACAUGGAAAGUGGGAUCUGUUUGUUCCUCCCAAAGUAGAUCAAUCUCCUGCUGUCCCGCAUGGAUCAAUACUGAAGGUUGUUAUACGUAGCCGAAGUGGCCAGCUACUUUAUCGAAUUUCACCCUGGGCAAAGUAUGUUGUUCGUGACCACAACAAUAUGAUUUAUGAUUGGGUGCACUGGGACCCACCACAACCUUACAUGCACAAGCAUUCUCACCCCAAGAAACCACAGAGCCUACGGAUUUAUGAGUGUCAUGUGGGAAUAGCGUCCCCUGAAGAGAAAGUGGCAUCUUACAGCAACUUUACAUACAACGUUCUUCCCAAAAUAAAGGACCUUGGGUACAACUGUAUUCAGCUAAUGGCAAUCAUGGAGCAUGCAUAUUAUGCCAGCUUUGGUUACCAAAUAACAAGUUUCUAUGCUGCAUCAAGUCGCUAUGGAAACCCAGAGGAGCUGAAGGAGCUUGUGGACACUGCCCACUCAAUGGGCAUCAUUGUACUGCUGGAUGUUGUCCACAGCCAUGCUUCCAAAAACACUGAAGAUGGUUUAAAUCAGUUUGAUGGAACUGAUUCUUGCUUCUUCCAUUCUGGAUCUAGGGGAGAACAUGUUCUGUGGGGCAGCAGACUUUUUGACUACUCAAACUGGGAAGUUUUAAGAUUUUUGCUCUCCAACUUGCGUUGGUGGAUAGAGGAGUAUCGGUUUGAUGGCUUCAGAUUUGAUGGAGUGACUUCUAUGUUGUACCAUCACCAUGGCAUUGGUGCAGGGUUUUCAGGUGACUACAGUGAAUAUUUUGGUCUACAUGUGGAUGAAGACUCCCUAGUUUAUCUCAUGCUGGCAAACCAGAUGGUUCACAGUCUCUGCCCUGAUUACAUUACCAUAGCAGAGGAUGUUUCAGGAAUGCCUGGUCUUUGUUGCCCUAUAGACGAAGGAGGUACUGGGUUUGAUUACCGCUUAGCCAUGGCUGUCCCUGAUAAAUGGAUACAGAUACUUAAGGAGCUGAAGGAUGAAGACUGGAAUAUGGGCAACAUAGUGCACACAUUGACAAACAGACGAUAUGGCGAGAAAUGCAUUGUAUAUGCAGAAAGUCAUGAUCAGGCACUUGUUGGUGACAAGACAUUGGCAUUCUGGUUAAUGGAUGCAGAGAUGUAUACAAACAUGAGCAAGCUGUCUCCUUUGACUCAGGUCAUUGAUCGUGGAAUACAGCUUCACAAAAUGAUCCGUCUCAUCACUCAUGGACUUGGAGGGGAGGGCUACCUGAACUUCAUCGGUAAUGAAUUUGGUCAUCCAGAGUGGCUAGAUUUUCCAAGAAAAGGAAACAAUGAAAGCUACCAUUAUGCCAGGAGGCAAUUUCAUCUUGUGGAGAAAGAUGACCUCCGCUAUAGAGAACUGUAUAACUUCGAUAGAGAUAUGAACAGAGUGGAGGAGAAAUAUGGCUGGCUCUCUGCUCCACCAGCCAAUGUGAGCACACAGCACGAAGGAGACAAGAUCAUUGCUUUUGAGAGAGGGACCGUUCUCUUCAUUUUUAACUUCCACCCAUCCAAUAGCUACACUGAUUACAGAGUGGGAGUGGAGAUGUCAGGAAAAUAUAAAAUUGUAUUGGAUUCGGAUGAAGCUCAAUACGGAGGCCAUCAAAGAUUGGACCACAACACAGAAUUCUUUACCGAAGCUGUCCCUUACAAUGGCUGCAGCAAUUCAGCAAUGGUUUACAUUCCGUGCAGAACAGCAAUUGUGCUUGCAAAUGAGGAUCUUUCCCGUUAAUGACUGGACUACGAUGACUGCUGUAAAAGGGAAGAGAAACCUGUAUUGAAUGUUAAGCUGCUUUAGUUUAAUUUGGAAAUCUAUGUGACCUUCCAUGAAAAAAAAAACAUGGAGUAUGCAUUGAUAGGUAUCCUGUAAUGUUUAAUAUGUGUCGGUACAACAGUUCUUUAAACCUUGCAAUUGUCCUUGUAAAGAAUGCUGCUAUUUUAUUGUUGCCGUCAAAAGAAUGUUCGUAGUGAGAACUCUCUCAAUUAUGCAGUGGCCUAUUCGGCAAUGGCUUUGAAACCAGUGCUUAACAGGGGAAUUUCCAUUCUAUCCCGUGUUGUGGCGAUGCUCUGUGAAAUGUAACAUUCAUCUAAGUAUGCUACUAACCUACAAGAUAUAAACAGAAAUAGAAUAGAAGCUAAAGUCAACUAAUAUAACGUAUAAUACCUUAAAGAAGGACUUUCAAUUUUUUGGGGACUUGCAGGUAGAAAAAACAUCUUCAUCGUCAAUAAAUGGGUGAUGUAGACCUAGGUUUGGUAGAUAACAUGUAUUAGAUAUUGGUUUGAAUUGUAUGUUUAUGUUGUACACCUUAGUUAAACCAGUUUUCAUUAACAAAAGAGGAUAAUAGGUUGUGUAUUCUUUGUUUUUCUAGUGCCGAGUAAUGCUGUUAGGGGUGUUUGGGGAGAAGACAUUUAGAAAUCAGUCACAAAUUAUACUUAAUGAUUUUAAAAAGGGAAAUUGUACCUAAAGUUUAAGAACAUACGGUUCUGUAUAUUAAGUUAUGUUAAGUAGUGUAAAAUAAAAAUAUAUGAAAAG